AUGGCAUUCGAUUUCCAAUCCUCGACAGUCGAAGACCUCGACCACGGAGCCCAACUCCUGGUGAUGACAGCCUUCAGUAUCGCUGCACUAGUCCCCACGCCUCUACCGCUGUCUAUCAAAAGCUCCACGCACGAUCGCUCAGGUGAUGAAGAAGUUAUGCCGGAGGGGCACUAUCUGGACAAACCGAUUGGUUAUGAUCCAAGACCAGAGCCCUACCGUCACAUCCCGAUCGGCUUCCGCCCCCACUGUCUCAACCCCAUCGAGAUCCCAACCCACAGUCUACAGAAAUAG